AUGGAGGUGACCACCGUGUCCCCAUCUCCCGCCUCACCCACUGAAGGGGACAAUCUCUGUGACAUAGAUGUCACCGACGUGGCCAUACACAGUGUGACACUGCUCAUCAGCCUCUGUGGGCUGGUUGGGAAUGGGGCUUUCCUCUGCCUCCUUGGCCUGAAAUGGCGUAACAUUGGCAUCUUUUUCCUGGCUCUUCUUGACUUCCUCUUCCUGCUCUUCACAGUCCCCUCUGCCCUCCUCUUCCUUGUGGAGGACCUGUCCUGCUCUCUUAUCCUGCCCCUGCUGUACUUGAGUUUCCUUUUCCAGCUGCCAUGGUCCUUCUGCUACUGGGCGCUGUUCUGGCUGAUGUUAAUCGGCCAUAAUCGAAACAUGUACAAGCCCUGCAUGCUCUGCUGCCACUGCAGCCUUCUUGAGCGCCUUUUGGGCUUGAUGAACACUGUCCACUACUGCAUAUUUCUUGCCCUCUUCAUUGUCAUUUGUGUAAUGCCAUACCUGUGCCAAUCACACCAGCAGGAGCACUGCAGGGCAGCUCUCAUCUCCAUGCACGCCCUCAUCCUGCUCCUCUUUGCUGCACCCAUACUCAUUUUUCACACAAUCAACUUCAUUAAGGCCAAGAGGGGCUCCCAUCAGCAGAAAACCAAGUGGCAAGACACGGUUAUCUCCCUCAUUGUGCUCUUCAUUGUCCUUCUCAGCCUCUGCAAUCUCCUGCAGCUUGGCUACACUGUUGUGUCUUCUCAAGUUCUUUUCCUGCUCAGCUGCAUCCUCAGCAGCAUCAAACCCUUCAUCUACUUCUUGGCAGGGAGGUGCUGGAGGCCCUGCUCCCUGAAAUCCCUCUGGCUCUCCCUCCAGAGGGUCUUUGAGGAGCCACAAGAAAGCGCUGCCCACAGCAGUGACCCUGCCUUGGACACUGUGCUCUGAGCCUGCUGAUUCCUCCUGCUGCACUCCUGAGGGCCCCUGGGACAGUGGCUGAGGGAUUCCUUAAGUCCCCUGAAGAAUAAAUAUCCAAAGUGUCACCGUCCCUGUGCUGGUGCAUCCCCUCUCCCUUUCCAGGCUGUGCUGGGAUCUCAGGAAGGCUCCGCAGGCCUCAGCGCUGAGGAGCAGCCCCUGGCCUGGUCACAAACACCCUCUGCUCCAGGAGCUGCUGCUGUCCAGCCUCCUCUGGGGUGUAUGAACAGCCUUGGAGAUUGGUUUAAUUCCCUGAAUCCCUGUUCUCACCCUCCCAAAGCGAGGUGCUGCCCGAAGCGUGGCCAGGGUGAAACAUUGCUGUGGCUGAGGGCCGUGGCCUGGGGCUGUGACCAGCGGUGCCAAAGGAGACCCUUGGGGCUCUGCUGGGCCCCGCAGCGCUGACCAGAACCUCCCUCAGAGCGGGGCCUCUCCCGGCUGGAUCUCUCCUGUUCCCUGCCCUCAGGGAUGCCCAAACACCCACAGAUCCUAAACCCAUCCCCACUGCUCGAGGCUCAGCCCUUGGCCCACUGAGGAGAUGCAAACAGAUCCGGAGUGAGCAUUUCCCUGCCUCCAAGGGGAAUUUCUCACAGGGACCUUGCACUGCCUCUGUCUCUGUGUGCACACACGUGUGCAUCUGCUGUGGCACAUGUGGGAGAAAUGCUGCUCCCUCAGGUGUUGAAGGACCUGAGACAUCUGAGUACCUCAGGCCUGGAAGGAAGUAUAGGGCAUAAAUGAGGUUAAAGGCUGUUGAGGGUUCUUCCUCUAUUGAAUUGCUCAAUUUAAGGUGGAACUGAAGUACUGUGAAGUGUGAGUGCAGGAAAGCUUUCAGGCCAU